AUUACAUUUUUGUAAGGCGUUAUUUAAAUAUGUAAAUCCUAUCCUACUGUCCUAAGCAGUUACGGCGUUUAGCCUACUUUACUAGACCCGCCUUUUGGUAAUCAGGAAAUAGUACCAGUGUAUUUAUAUAUCGUACUGUCUGACUGUAUAUAAUGAAUAUGAGAACUGCAUUUUUUUGACUAAUAUAUACAUACAGACAUACCGUACGGUACCGGUGUUUUUUGAAACUGUGUACAAGUGUCAUAGGUCGAAAUAUUGCUGUAUUGCAGCGACUUUGUAAUUUCAUUUUUCAAUGACAGAAUGAUAUGAAGUACUGAAUAUAUUCUGUAUAAUUUAUUACCACAAAACAAGAAGAUGAGUGUUGCUAAUUAUAUGACAUCUGCACUGGAUCAUUCGCAAAUCCUCAUUGGUGUCAAAUAUGCUGCAAACAUAAACACAGCAUCAGUACAGUUUGUCUUGAAGAAAUUGGAACUUUACAAAUCUCUUGUGAUAAAUGAUGCUGGGUACACAAUUAACAUUCGAUUUGAUGAUAAUGCAUCCCCACAAAAUAGCCAUUGGGGUCCAUUACAGGCACAUAGACAAGUGUGUGGAAUUGUAUUUAUUGGAGAAGCUAUUAAUCCAAUGGAAGCAGCUUUAAUCCUGGAUAAAUUUAAUAAACUGAAAGAGGAGUACAGUCCAGGAUUAUUGCAUUCUAGGUGUAUUAUCUUUGGAAUAGACACAACCAUUCGUCCCCACAGUCAAGAUGUAUUUCAAUUUUCAUCUCACAAUGCAUGGAAAUCUGUGGAUUAUGAUAUCAAACAGUUUGUCACAGCAAUUUUUUAUGAGCUGGAAUCAAAACGUUUGCGAAUGGCUCAAGAAAGAAGUGGAAAACCAAUGCUUAUAGCCACUCCGUUUGAAAAUCCAGAUGAAAAAAAUGAGUCUGACAGUAAAGUGAUGCGCAAAAAAUGUUCUGGUCGUCACUAUAAGCAUCUUGCUGACGUUAACUUGCUGGUGGGACAAAUAUCUGAAGCUUUGCAAUGUUAUCACAGUGCACUUGACAUAUUGAUUCCAAUUAAUGAUACAGUUUGGGUAGGAAGUGCUUUGGAAGGUUUGUGUGUGGUUUCAGCCCUGGUGCAUUUUGCUAGUCUAAAAACUGAGAAAUCUUCUGUGAAUUUCACCCUUGACCCUCGAAAUCUUUCUAAAAAGCCAAUAUCGUCUUUUGCAGCACCUGAUGUUAAAAAGCUUUGUAUUUCGUCAAUGAAAGAUUUAGUGGAUCGAUACAGAGAAGCUAUUAUUCAUUAUAGCAGAUAUAAAAACUUGGCUGUUAUUGAAAUGGAAGCUUGUAUCAAAGCAACAAAAGUAUUUGCUGAGGCUAAAAGCUUUUUAGAAGCUUCAGAAUUCAUUCAAAAUGCUGUUUACAUCACACUCAAUGUUUCAGAUACCGAAAGAUUACAACGAUACAGUGUGAUGGCUGAUUUAUAUAAAAGUAUAGGAUUUUACAGAAAAUCUGCAUUUUACAAACGAGUGGCUGCGAUGCAAUGUGUAGCACAUCAUAUCAAAGAACCUGAUUGGAAACUUUGCAACAGACUUUUAUUGAACACAAUAUCAUGUCCGACUAAACACUCUAUCAUCUCCCCAUACCUUAAAAACAGACAUGGAUGGCCAAGUAUUAGUCUUAGAAUAUUACAUGAACUUGUAUAUUCUUUGGAAAAAAUUAAUAACCAUAGUCUUGCACUUCGUUAUUUGCUUUAUUUGAUUUUGAAUAUGUUUCCUUAUUUGUCUGAAACUGAUGAAAAGGCAACUUGCUCUGCAUUGGAAAAUUAUGUCAAGAAAAAUAUUAAUGUACUCGAUAGCACAUCACCUGAACUCAACUUCUAUGUUUUACCAGUCAUAACUAAGAUUUCUCCUUUAUUUGAAGAUGAUGGAAUGAGACCAACAAAGUCUAAAACUGAAUCUGAUGCUCAAAGUGUUUUUAUUUACACACCAACGAUUAGACAGUCACAAACACACGAGCUUAAAAAAAUUUGUUUUAGAUGGUGUGUAAACACAAUGUUCGAGAUUAUAGUACAUGUAUUUAAUCCACUUUCUCAUUGCAGUAUCAAGAUAUCAGAAUUUUCGCUGAUUCUUGAUUCAAACAGUUCAGCUAUAGAUUGUCAACCACAGACUUUUAACAUUGCGCCGCAAUCAUCCUUUGAAGUCGGGAUUAAAGUAACUCCAGUAGAAUUAGGUACAGUCACUAUUAUUGGAUAUGCAUUUUCUAUGUAUGGAGUUUAUGCAAAAUGUUACUUCAACAAAAAUGAUAACAUUGAAACAACUGAAGUACAGAUUCAAGUUAUUGGUGACUUGCCGUUACUAAAGUGCAUCAAGGAUGACAAAUGUAAAGAAGAGGAAGGGAAGCCUUUAAUUGUAUAUUAUUUUGGUGAAAAGACAAACUUACCAUUCCAUCUUACCAACAUUGGAAAACAACCAAUUUGUGAUUGGAAUAUUUUAAUUAAAACUAAACACAACAUGCAAGACAUAUUAAUAAAUGUUGAUGACAAUAUUAAGCAAGUAUCACUCCCUCCUGGGAAAACUGUUCAGAUUCCUGUGCACAUUGAACCAAAAACUACUGUUUUGGAAAUUGAGAAGUGUCAAGAAUUUUUGUGUGUGGCUACGAUAAAGUAUGCAGGAAAUUUGGGUAAAGAUAUAUGGUGGCGAUGUACAGAAAUUGAAAUGGGUAUAAAAACUGAUGUCAGUAUUGUAGUUGAAGCUAUUGAAGUAAAGAGCCUAGAGUCAAAAUCUUGUGAUUAUUGUCUUGUGUGCUUGCAUCUAAAAAAUACAUUGCAAUAUGAUGCAGAGAUUCAUUUCAAAUCUUUUGAUGGUGAAGGUGGUUACAAUGACAAUAUGAUACCAAUUGAGUGUGAUGAGGGAAAAGUUUGUCAAGUUCAAAUGCAAAAAAUGGAUAUACCAUCAAGUGGCAUUAUUGAUGAACUAUGUAUUCUUCACAUUAAAAAAAUGCUGGAUUUGUCUUGGAAAGUAAAACACGAUGGCAAUGAAUUUGAACAUGGAGGAAACAUCCAUCUUCCCAGUUUACUUUCAUAUGAAAGCUCUUGUAAAAUGAUAAACUGUCCAAUUGAAUGCUCUCUUCUAUAUGGCAACGAUUCAAUAACAAGUUCCCUCAGUGCUUUUAUUACCACAAACAGUGUAAACUAUGUAACUUUUGAAUUCCAUAACAAAUCAAACAUUUGUCAGACCUUGGAGGUGUCGUUGGAUGUUUUUCAAGAUCAACGAAAUGGAUAUGUUGAGCGGAAUCUUGAAGACUGUGUCAUGUUCGUUGGAUGUACCCGAGCCACUAUUCAAGUAAAAAAGUCAGAAACUGUAUACUUUGAAUGUGGUGUACUGUUCAUCAGGAGUGGUUCUUUUGAUUUUAGAGCCGCUAUUUCAUUACAAUUAUGUGACAAAGUCGGUUAUAAAGAUCAUACACAAAAAUCACUAAAAUGUGUUUCUCCAGUUCUUACUUUUGUUGUGCAAUAAUCGUUAUUAAUUAUUAUUAUUGAAUUAUACAAGUUUCAAUGAUUUAAAACUUGCAAUUUA